UUUAAAGAAGGGAUGAUGGCUUCUUCCUCAUUCUUUUUUAGCUUCGUGUCUCUGGCUGUCAUGUUACCGUGUCUCUUACUCUCUGUUUCGGCCACAAGUUACAUUGACACCAUAUGCAAUAAAGCCAAGGGGGACAAAGCCUUCUGCGUCAAAACCUUGAGUGCAUACCCUCCCGCAGCCUCAGCCACCAGCACAUUCCAAGCGGCUGUGGCCACGCUUAGCUUAGGAGCGUCUUAUGCCGAUAAGUCUGCGGCUUUCGCGGGAACAGCGGCAAAAGUGAAUCCGAAGCUGAAAGAGUGUCAAGAUGCCUUUGUGCUCAUCAGCAGGUCUUGCAAGAGCGCUUCCUCGGAACUCAAGGAAGAUCCACAGACUGCUAACUAUGACGUCAUGCUUUGUUACGACAGCAUAACGACGGUGAAGAAUUUGGUCGGGAAAAAUACAGACAAGGCUUCAAAGACUAUCAUUUCGAUGACAAUGAUGAUGGAGAAAUUUCUUGCCCUUGCCGUUGGAGCCACCGAAGCUGUUGGAGGGUAAAGACGACGAUGAGAACAUUUACCAUCGGCUGAUCAAUACAUUUCUUCUUUUGAUGGAAUGUAUUUUUUUUUUUUAUCAGAAGAAAAGAAAGAAAAAUGAAAACUAUGUGUUGA